GGAAAAGGACUACAAAUCCCAAGAGGCCUUGAAACUGGAGGCUUCCUGAAUCCUUGUUGUGCCUGGAAGUCCCUGUCCCUCUUUGAGCUUCGAAGGCGUCUGUGGUGGGCGGGAGAGAGGCUAUGUAGCAGAAGGCGGGGAGUAUGGAGCACCAGGGGAACCUUUGCUCCGAUCCAGCAGGGCGUUCCUCCCCCUGCCCUCCUUCUUCCAGCCCUGGUGGCGGGAGGGCGCCGAGAGAGGACACGCCAGUCGAGGAAUGCCCGCUCCAGCAUCCUGAUCUCGCCGCGGCCGAUAAGAUCCCGAUGGGAAGCCCGCAAGGGGGGCCUGAGCACCACGCCGCUCUCCCCGCUCCCCUUCCUCAGCAACGGGUAUCCAGAGGUACACUUCCGACACUAGAGCCUCUGGAGCGACAUCACCCUCCGGACCCAGCUUCCAUUCCCUUCACAGUUCAGUACAUGCAAGUGAUGCCCAUAAUAAGCUACGUACUGGUGACACCCGUAAUAGUUCAAAAACUAACACAUACUCCUCCGUCACUGGCAUCAGAGGCACGGUCUGGCUCUUCUCCUCUUUGCGGUAGAGUGGAAAGAGAUUCUCCCAUGCGGCCUCCUAUGCGGCUGGUGUCCUUUGAGGAAGUGGCUGUGUAUUUCACCAAGGAAGAAUGGGAUCUCCUAGAUCCAGGGCAAAGAGAUGUGUACAAGGAAGUCAUGCUGGAGAAUUAUGGGAAUGUGGCCUCUCUGGGUCUCCCCAAACCUGACCUCAUCUCUUGGCUGGAAAAAGGAGAAGAUCCAUUUGUCCAGGGCUCUGAGGAAGGGGAGAGAUUAUCAGGUACCUACUUAAGUGAGAGGGUUGAUGAACAGGACAGUGAGAAUUAUUGGAAGCUAUCUGUGGGGUCAUCAGAAAGAACCAAACAUGAAGCAGGAGAUGAAUUGUUUGGGAAUCAAAGGAGUGCAAAAUGGCAUGAGCAAAACCAGUCACAGAAAUGGAGGAAGGAGUCCUCUGACACACAUGGUAAAACCCAUACAGGAGAGAAGCCACAAGCAUGCAUGGAACAUGAAAAGAACUUCAGUGAUAGGGAACUGCCUAUAAAACAUCAGGCAACCUACACUGGGGAGAAACCAUAUAAAUGUAUGGAGUGUGGAAAGGGCUUCAGUUGGCACUCAAGGCUUAUUUCACAUCGAAGAACACACACUGGGGAGAAACCAUAUAAAUGUGUGGAUUGUGAAAAGAGCUUUAGACAUAAGGUGACCCUUAUUUCUCAUCAAAGAACACAUACUGGGGAGCAACCAUAUAAAUGCAUGUUGUGUGGAAAGAGCUUCAGUGGGAAGGAGGGCCUUACUUUUCAUCAAAGAACACACACUAUGGAGAAACCAUAUAAAUGCAUGGUGUGCGGAAAGAGCUUCCAUCGGAUUGGGAAUCUAACUGCUCAUCAAAGGAUACACACUGGGGAGAAACCAUAUGAAUGCAAGGAGUGUAGAAAGAGCUUCAGGUUCAAAAGCAACCUUAGAUUUCAUCAAAGAACACAUACUGGGGAGAAACCUUAUACAUGCAUGAUGUGUGGAAAGAGCUUCAGUCGGAAGGAGCGCCUUACUUUACAUCAAAGAACACACACUGGGGAGAAGCCAUAUAAAUGCAUGGUGUGUGGACAGAGCUUCAGUCGGAAGAAGUACCUUACUUCUCAUCAAAGGACACACACUGGGGAGAAGCCAUAUAAAUGCAUGAUGUGUGGAAAGAGCUUCAGUCGGAACGGGCACCUUACUUCUCAUCAAAGAACACACACUGAGGAGAUACUAUAUGAAUGCAUGGAUUGUGGAAAGAGCUUCAGCCAGAAAAUAAGUCUUAGUGAACAAGGAACUCACACCGAAGAGAAACCACAAAAAUGCAGGAAGUGUGAAAAGAACUCCAGUUGGCACUCAUGGCUUACUUUACAUCAAAGAACACACACUGGGCUGAAAUCGUAUAAAUAAAUGGAAUGUGAAAAGAGCUUCAGUCAGAAAAGCAACCGUAUGAAUGCAUGGAAUGUGGAAAGAGCUUCAGUGACAAAAGAAGGCUUACGUAACAUCAAAGAAUCUGUGCAGGUGUAACAUUUUAUAGAUGUAUGUAGUGUGCACCUUCUUGCUAUUAUUUUAAAAGAAAUUUCUACUAAACCUACUUUUGCUGAUACACAUCCGCUUUGGUCCCAUAAUGAAUUUCAACACCUGAGGAGUAUCUUUAUUUAAAUAAACCCAGUUAUCACAAUAUUUAUUCCACCUGCAAGAUAAAUGUAUCGAUAUAUGGGUUAUAUCCAUCUGUCAGCCAGGAUGGCAAUAUGGUCUGUGAGCGAUAGACAAAACUGGCCUAAAUUAAUAGAAAUAGUUGGAAAUGUAAAGAGCAGCUCUAAGUCAAGUGAAGUAGGCAGUAUGCAAUAGAGGACACAUUCUAGGAGUAAAAAGAAUCUGGAAUUAUAUUUUCCACUCUGAGAUUGACUGCACUUAUCCAGUGUAUUUAAGUUGUCCCUUUACCAUUGGACAGUAAUGGCUAACGUGAAACUUAGAAGCAUAAGUUGGACCUGGAGGAAGUAAAAUCUAAGUGCCUUCCUAGUGCAGUGGAUCAAUGGUUUGGCCCCACGUCUUGAGCUUAAGAUUGAGGAGAGCAUGGAGACACAACAGCAUGUUUGAACAUGUAUGGGAUCAAGCAAUCCAUCUAUUGGGCACUGAGUAACCUCAGGUCCUGAAAUAUUAAAGUGUACCCACAGAAAUAUACAAAGCUGUCACAGGCAUGUAAUGCCUUAGUUCCAUCAUCAGAAGUAAUUACGCUGGUGUCCCAACAGAUGUAGCAAUAUUUUUCUAACUUAGGAAAUACUAGCAUCACUUGAUAGUGAUCAACGAUAAAACAAAUGUACAAAAUGAACAUCCACCAUAACUAAUUCCAAUACACACAGCCCUUGAAUACUUGGCAGUAGUGAGUCUGUUGAGCAGAUAAAUAUGUAAUGUUAGUCAGCUGUGGCUAGUUAGGUUGCAGUCUAACACAGGUCUUCUCUCUUCUUUCUAAAUUUCUUCUCCUUUACUUUCUUCCUCAGACCUGUCUUCCAUUUCUUCAGUCUGCUGCUUGCUCUCCCAUUCGCUCUGGUCUCCCCCAAAAGUCUCUCCGUAACUGACUCUCAUUCUCUUCUGUCACCAUUCUGUGCUGUUCCUUUUCAUACAGUUCACAUUCUAAACCUCUUAGGAGAAGACUUCACAGGAGACUUUUAAAAAAAGGUGACUACUAAAAACUGGAGGACUUUGAACACUGACUUGAUGAAGGAAUGGACCAGAUAAAAAUGGCAUCUAGCCCUAAUGGAAAAACUGACCCACAGAUCACACUGAAGGAGAAAUGAAAAACCAGAGACCAAAUGGGCGGUGUGGGGUGGAGUUUUCUUCUGUUAGUCUUCUUUGUAGUUGUUAUAUCUGAAAAAUUAAUA